AUGGUGCUCAAAAUAUCACGCGCCACGCGAUUGACGGUGGUAGUUGUCAUCUCCUCGGCAUUCUUUGUGGCUGAGAUCUCAGUUGGUUUUUACACACAUUCCCUUGCUUUGGUGGCCGAUGCUUUUCAUUAUUUGAACGACCUGGUCGGGUUUGUUGUCGCGCUCGUUGCUCUCAAGGUAUCAGAAGCAGAUGAAUCGCCGAAAGCCCUAUCUUUUGGCUGGCAACGAGCCCAGUUGCUGGGCGCCUUCUUCAAUGGCGUCCUACUCUUCGCGCUUGGGAUUAGCAUUUUCCUACAGUCCAUUGAGCGAUUCAUCACGCUCCAGCGUGUUGAGAAUCCUAAGCUCAUGUUCAUCAUGGGAGCCAUCGGACUGACCCUGAAUCUUAUCAGCGCCACGUUUCUCCAUGAGCAUCACCAUCAUGAUCAUGGACAUGAACCUAGUUCAGUGGCUUUGGAAGAGCUUCCGGUGUCGACAACAGAUGACAUUACAGAACUGGAACGACCAGGAAGUCCGAACCACGAUAACCAUAAACAUCUUUCGCAUGGGCCUCGGACAGCCUCUCACGGACAUGACCUAGGAAUGCUGGGGGUCUUGACCCAUGUUAUAGGCGAUGCGGCCAACAACCUUGGGGUGAUGGCAGCGGCCUUGGUCAUAUGGUUCACUCACUAUGGAGGGCGAUUCUAUGCGGAUCCGGGCACAAGUAUGGGAAUAGCCAUAAUGAUCAUGCUGUCUUCAAUUCCACUAGUGCGGCGAUGUGGAAUCAUUCUGCUAGAAAGUGCACCUAAUGGAGUCGACCUUGAGGAUGUGAAGCAUGAUAUAGAGAAGAUUCCUGGUGUCCUAUCGGUCCACGAGCUACACAUCUGGCGCCUAAACCAGCACAAGGCGCUCGCAUCGGUUCAUGUGAUGGUAUCCGAUUGCUCAGUGCCGAGUUUCCUAAAAUUGAGUAAGACCAUCAACGAAUGUUUCCACGCAUACGGGAUCCAUUCUACCACGAUUCAGCCAGAGAUGGCCCAUCCGGAGACGAUCGCAGUAGGACAGCCGACAGUGGAAACAGAACGGGUUUCACAGAUUGAAAUGUCGGAGAAGUGUCAGGCAAGACGCCAUGGCCCUUGA